UCUUUUAUUAUGUUUUUCGUUGAACUCUCUCUCUCUCCGCCCUCUCCCUCACACGGAAGUAACGUUAACAGAUAUAAACUGACUGAACGUCUCAUGACCAACAAAUCGCUUGAAAUUUCUCUCCUUUUUUUGGAACAUUUAUAAUGUUUAUAACGUUUCUAACGCAGAAGGACUAAUGUUUUAAGGAGCUUUAUGAUUCUAAAAAAAAUCUCAGAAAACACUGUUGUCGCUUUAGCCUGCUCGUUCAAAGUGAAAGUUAAACGCGCGUCGGUGCAACAUGGCAGAAUACGAGGACGAAGAUAUCACAGACAGACCAUCACUUCUGGAGUCUGACUUAACUUGUCCGGUGUGCAAAGACAUAUUUAAAGAACCCGUGUUGCUUUCAUGUAGCCACAGUUUCUGUCAGGAAUGUCUGGAGGCGAGCUGGAAAAAUCAGUCGAAACGGCUCUGCCCGAUGUGCCGAAAAUGCUGCGACGGAGAAACACCGAUCCCCAACCGCGCAUUGAAGAACACCUGCGCGUCCUAUAAAAAAGAGAGAUGUUGGAGAGGGACGGGUUUGGACGAAAUUAUCUGUGGUUUGCACCAGCGACCAUUUCAGCUCUUCUGCAUUAAAGACGAGGAACCUGUGUGCGUGGAUUGCGUGACACUUCACCCGGGACACGAGCUGUGCCCUAUAGACCAAGGAGUGCCAUUCUGUAAAGACGAGCUUAACUUGAAAACCAAAAUACUGGAAAGCAAGCAGGAUUCAUUCAGAAGAAUAAAGAAAAAGUAUAAAGACACAAUCUCUUUUAUUGAGAGCCAGACUCAGGAGGCAGAAAAUCUAAUAAAACUGGAGUUUGAGAGACUCCAUCGGUUCCUAAAUGAUGAAGAAACAAACAGAAUAACAGCUUUGAAGAAAGAGGAAACUGAGAAGAAACAGAUGCUGGACAAGAAGAUUGAGAGCAUCACUCGUGAUAUUUCAGCUCUCGCAGAACUUAUUCAGUCAGUGAAGAGGGAAAUGGGAGCAGAGGAUUUGACUUUCCUGCAGAAUUUCCAGAAGCUAAAGAGAAGAACCCAGUGGACCGGUGAGGAUCCAACGAAGGUUCAUGGAGCUCUCAUAAACAUGGCCUUGCAUGUCGGUGGUCUGGGUUACAAAGUCUGGGAGAAAAUGCAGUUUCAUGUCCAGUGUUUGCCUGUAAUCCUGGAUCCCAACACAGUCUCUCCCUGGCUCUCCAUGUCUCCUGACUUUUCCAGUGUGAAAGAGAGUCUCGAGAGGCAGUCUUUCCCAGACAACCCUGAGAGGUUUGACCCCUGUGUUUUUGUCCUUGGCUCAGAGGGUUUCUCCUCAGGGCGCCACCGUUGGGAGGUAAAUGUUGCCGACAACCCCAAAUGGAUCUUGGGAGUGUGCAAGGAUUCAGUGGUUCGGAAGAGGAAGUUUACCAUGACAACAACAGCAGGUGUAUGGACCAUUGGGCUGAGUAAAGGGGUCUACAAUGCCCUGACUACUCCACGUACUAUGCUGAAUGUAGAAAGAAGGCCAGAAACCAUCAGGAUAAAGCUCAAUAUGGAAAAGGGAGAGGUAUCCUUCUGGGAUACAGGCAACAACAAGCACCUAUGCACGUAUACUGAUAAGUUCUCUGGAAAGCUUUUCCCCAUCUUUGGCCCAGGCCUCCACAGCACACCAAUGACUAUUUUGCCUGCCAAAGUGACCAUCCAUAAACAAUAAGUAGACUUAGUUUGUGUCUUUAGAAUACAAGCAUGUUAAGGCAGAAGAGUUAUGGGCCGUUCACACAGACACUGCUCUUGCAUUUUAAAAAAACACAGCGUAAUGAAAGAAAGAAUGCGGGUGUCUCGGGUUUUUAGGGGUCUUUUGUUAGGGGCAGUUUUUUUUUCUUUUGAAGAUCUUUUAACUUGUCACGGUGUCUUAACGUGGCACUCAUGGCUCGAGACACUGAAAUAGCAGCAAGACUAGCAAAGUCUAGGCACAAGUGGGUUGGCGAAAUCAAUGUUGAUUGAUCAUGGUUGAUCACGCAAAUCGUGGCUUGUAUUAAAAGUGAUCGAUAGCUCUUUAAUAUCAUCUGCUGGUGGAAUCACCAAACUUCAAAUGCAGGAACUUAAAUUUAGAUUUUGCGCCAAGAUUAGGCGUGGUUCUCAGAUGUCUUAAUGUAAUGGCCUUUUUCUCAGAAAAAUAGCAAUUUGCGCUUUGCACCACUUCAAUAACAUACAAUUCAUCCAUAGUGUGCGAGUAAACACCCACAGAUAGCACAAACACUCCCACCCACGCCCACUUGCGCUUUGCUCUGGAACAAAAAUUGGAUAACACGUAGUGUACGGUCACUGCGCGUAGCACGGUCAUGAAAAUAGAGGCCAUAAAGUCAAAGAAAGUUAUUUAAUAGUCAUACUGUAUAUCAGAAAUCCCUGAAAUUGAUCUUCUGCCUUUGUUAAUUGGUGUAUACUGUAUAAGUUUUAUACUACAUGUUAUAUUGGGAUAAAUUAAUAUAUGCAUACAUAGUCUGUUUUCAGGGUAGAGAAAUUCUUUCAGUUACCCAAACAUUUGAAUGUUAUUGCUGCAAAACACCAUUGACCAUUAUAUGGAGAAAGUCUUUUUUAUCAAUCACCUUGAUAUCUUUUACCCUACUACUUCUCAACUUGUCAACUUAUAAGGCAGUGUCUUUUGUGUCCUACUAGUCAUUUGACACAAGAACAACAUUUACAUAAAAGUGCAAAAUAUCUCUUCAGUUUUGAAGUUGAAAUCGGCUAAUCUUGUUUUGUUUUUUUCUUUAAUUUAAUUUGCCUUUUGAUUUUGUGCCAUAUUUGUUUUAUUACAAAUAUACAGCAUGUCUUACCUGUUUUCAGUAUCAGCAGAAUUAAAUGUACAGUAAUAUCAGCAAAAUUACAGAACCGAAAUAUCUGACUAAACAGACAUAAUGCCUCUGUUUUUAUUUGACACAUUUCUGAUAUAUCCAAAAGGGAACUUUUUAAGCUCUUCCGCCAAUAAUGGGAUCUAAACAAGUCCCUAAACUAAAAUUAAAAAAUGAGGUGAUAAAAAUUACAUACAGAUCACUCACUUCACCAGUCUCAAUAAUAUUAACCAAUAUUGUCAGAGCAUUCACACAUUAGGUAGUGGAUAUACCAAGAUUCAUGUCUAAAUUAUUGUGAAAGUCCAUGUUUUGAAGAAAUGUCCAGAGGUGCACAUUUAUCUACAAGUAUUUCAUAUAUUGGACUUUCAAUAGAAGUGAUUUAAUACAUAGAAUUUCUCAUUAGAUGCUAGUUGAUUUUGGAAUAUGUAUCCAAUGGUCUUAAAUGCCUUUUGAACUAAACAUAUUUUGAGUAAAAGUUUGAUAGUUAUAGUCUUAUCUAUGCUGCUUCUGAGAGUUCCUUGUGCUUUCUCUUGCACUAAGAGAGUUAGCAGAAUGAAGACUGCAUUGAGAUUCCUGUGGCCAAGGCACAUAUACAUAUGAUACUGCAUGUACACUGUUAUAUACAAAUGCUUGGAAAAACUGCUUGAUCCAAUACAUCAAUAAGUGUUCCUGAUACAAUAUGUUAUGAGUUUUGCCUAUGGAACUAGUAGGGUACAAUGGGGCUAAAGGCACACCUUAAGGAAAAUAAGCUUUAUUUCUGUUCACAAAAUGUAUCAAGAUUGAAAAAAAACCAACAACAAAAAAACGUAUAUUUUUAUUAAAUAUUGAUGGAGCAACACAAUCUGUGAAAAGAAAUAAAACAAGUUUGUUUUGAUUAAAAUUACAUUUUUAAUAAAAGCUGGUGAGGGGGCCUGUGAGAAAAGCUGACCUCAGUUGAUAUAUAAUUAAGCAAGCUGACAUUUCACAGUUAGUACUCAGUUCUUAUUUUUAUAGUGUGUGUGUGUCAGUAACGGAAAUCAUGUGGAAAGGGUUCCCUGUUUCGCUUCUCUGAGUGUCUCAGGUAAAAAGUGGAACAUCACUCCUCGGUUCUAGAACAUUUUGUUUCAUUUACAUAAUUAAUUCAGAAUCUGUAUGUAUGUCUUUUUCAAAUAAGGUAAUGAUUGAUUUCAUUGGAUAGUGUACUGCUUUUCCUGUUCUUACAAAGAUAUAUAAUGCUGUGCUGAACAAUAAAGUACGAGAAAUCUCUGAUGCAUA